AGGUUAAAAAAAUUGUCUUUUUAAAGUGCUUACUUAUAGUUAUGCAAAAUAAAACUUCAUCAAAAAAAGUAGAAAAUGAAAUUUACCCUGAUCAAAAACAAGAAGAAGAUUUAAAUCUAAUGCAACAGAGUGAUCUUACUGGGGAUUAUUGGAAUGUUUUUGUUUUGUUUCUGCUUUAUAUUCUUCAAGGUAUUCCUCUUGGAAUGGCAGGAAGUAUACCAAUGAUACUUCAAAAUAAAAAUAUUAGUUAUAAAGAUCAAGCUAUGUUUAGUUUAGUAUUUUGGCCAUACAGCUUGAAAUUGUUAUGGGCACCUAUUGUUGAUGCAGUUUUUUUUCAAAAAAUGGGUCGCAGAAAAUCUUGGUUAAUGCCAAUUCAGUAUUUGAUUGGAUUUUUUAUGUUAAUUCUUUCAUUGAAUAUAGAUAAAAUAUUGGAAAGUGAAAUUCCAAGUGUAAUGUUUCUGACAGUAAUAUUUUUUUCAUUGAAUUUUCUUGCUGCUACACAAGAUGUUGUGGUGGAUGGCUGGGCUCUUACAAUGCUUCAAAAGCGAAAUGUUGGGUAUGGGUCUACAUGUAACAGUGUUGGUGCGACAGCUGGCUAUUUUUUGGGCAAUGUUAUUUUACUUGCUUUUAGUUCUCCUGAUUUUUGUAAUAAAUAUUUGCGUACCAUACCUCAAAAUCAAGGAGUCAUAACACUUGGGGGUUUUUUUUUCUUUUGGGGUGUAUCAUUUAUCAUCAUGACAACAAUGGUUUGGAUAUUUAUAAAUGAAAAAGAAGCAGAAGUAAACAAAAAUGAAAGUAUAACUGGAACAUAUUUAAAGCUGUUUAAGAUACUUAAACUUCCACCUGUUAAACAAUUGGUUAUAAUUCUUUUAACAAUCAAGAUUGGAUUUGCAGCAACAGAUUCUGUAACAGGUUUAAAAUUAAUUGAAGCUGGUAUGAAGAAAGAGACGCUUUCAAUUUUAGCAGUUCCUUUGGUCCCUUUAGAAAUAUUUCUUCCGCUUGCAAUAAGUCGUUUUACUUCAGGGCCUCGUCCACUUGAUCUUUUUAUAAAAGCUAUGCCAUAUCGUUUGGUAAUGGGGUUAGUUUUUGCAAUGUUGAUAUAUUGGACAAAUACUUUCUCAAAUAGCAGCAUUGAAGGUUUUCCUUAUUAUUACUAUGCCAUCAUCUUAUUUGCAUUUGCUCUACAUCAGGUUUCGUUAUACUGCAUGUACGUGGCAAGCAUGGGUUUUUUUGCUCGUGUCAGUGACCCAACGAUUGGUGGUACAUAUAUGACAUUACUCAACACAAUGUCAAACUUAGGUGGCUCUUGGCCUGACACUCUUAUGCUGUGGAUGGUCGAUCCGCUAACUACCAAAAAGUGCAUCGUUUCCACUGAAAUGCAGAAUGAUUGUUCAAAUGCAGAAGCUGUUAUAAAUUGUAUAAACGCUGGUGGAAGUUGUGCAACACAAAUAGAUGGGUAUUAUGUUGAAACUGUUCUCUGUGUUGCUUAUGGUUUUUUCUGGUUGAUGUGGAAGAGGCAUUCAUUAACACAGUUGCAAAAUUUAAAAGACAAAGCAUGGAAGUUAGACUAACUGUGACUAACAGAGGCGUAAACGUUCACAUAGUUAUGAAUAUUUUUUAAAAAUCUAAGUAUUUAUUUACGAUGAAUAUUUAAUGAAUUAGCUAAAUUAA